AUGGCUCUCCUGUACCCCCUUGGUCUCUCCACGACCGCCCUCGUGGUGGUCGGAUUGUACAUGCUUUUCCAGGGAGAAGGUGAAGCCUUCAAUGUUGGCCGCUUUCUCGAAGAAGUAUCCCCCUACGCCUGGGCAAACAUCGGUAUUGCGAUGUGCAUUGGUUGCUCAGUAGUCGGAGCCUCAUGGGGUAUCUUCCUUACCGGUUCUUCGAUCGUCGGUGGUGGUGUUCGGGCUCCCAGAAUUAGGACCAAGAACUUGAUCUCCAUCAUUUUCUGUGAGGUUGUGGCCAUCUACGGUGUUAUCAUUGCGAUCGUCUUCUCCGCGAAGCUGGGCCCCGUCCCCGAGACGGAGCUUUACACCAAGAGCAACCUAUACACGGGCUAUGCGCUGUUCUGGGGAGGUAUCACCGUUGGAUGCUGCAAUCUGAUUUGUGGUAUUUCCGUUGGUAUCAACGGUAGUGGCGCAGCGCUUGCUGAUGCCGCCGAUCCUAGCCUGUUCGUGAAGAUUCUCGUCAUCGAGAUUUUCAGUUCAGUUCUGGGUCUGUUCGGUCUCAUUGUUGGCUUGCUGGUGGGUGGCAAGGCUCUCGACAUGGGCGCGGCGUAA